AUGCUGUUUUCCAUCAACGGGAGCCUUCCGAUUGUCAAAACCCGCCCGCAAGCCGUGGGUAUGUCAUCAGCCUCUUACAUCGGCGCUGGAAUCUUCAGCCCAAGUAUAGGAUAUGUGAUUCUGCGCCACUUUGGAUUCAAAGCAACCAUUGCGACCUCCUUGGCCAUCUGGUGCGUCGGAACACUGAUAUUCUGGCCUUGCGCGGCUGUCGGUUCAUAUCCAGGCUUCAUUGUCUGCAACGUUCUGGUCGGAUUCAGCCUGGGCAUCAUGGAAAUGGCUGCAGAUACCUUCAAUAGCCUCUGCGGUCUACCAGAAUACGCCGUGGUCCGAGUCCUUCUUGGUACGGGGGUGGAAGGGAUUGGAGGGGCGUUGAGUUCAGUCCUCACGGCCAAAGUCCUCUCUAUCGAUGCGGACGACAGCCACAACUUGAUGGCGCUUCAGUGGGCUUAUCUCGGCAUUGCCCUGUUCACUGUCUUACUUGGCCUCUUCUACUGGCACGUACCGCUCCCUCAGAUAACGGAUUCGGAGCUGCGGGCUCGACCGGACAUUCUGUGGAUAGACCCUUCCAAGAAGCACUUGGGGGUAUUCCCUAUCAUCUUCACCUCUUUGGGAGUGGCUGUCCUGUCCGGCUUCUGUUCUGCGGGGGCCUUGGCGAGUCUGCGAAACUUCAUUGGUGAUGCCCUCUCCAUCGUGUCGACCAAGACCCAAACAACCCCAAAGUUUGCCAUCUCAGAUUUCCAAACCGGUCUUUCGGUCGUCUAUGCCGUUGGAAAUUUUCUCUUUGCCUUCCUGUGCCUUUUUAUUUCCCCAGCCGUCCUCCUGCUUAUGGCGUAUGGGUGUGGCAUCACGCUCGCCGUGCUGAUCUUCGCAGAUCAAUUCCCAUCAGCCGCCAGUCUCCAAGUGAUAACUUUAGCGCUUUCAAUCAUCGAGGGACCGAUCCCUAACCUAGUCAUCGCCAUUGGUCUCCGAGGCCUCGGCUGGUGGACCGGUCUCGCAUGCUGCCUGCUGGUCAGCGGCUGUAGCCUCGGAGCAUGCAUCUGGCCGUGGGUUAUGUUGGCAGUUUCAAGCAGGAAUUCGGCACAAUACACAUUCUGUGUUGUCAUUGCUCUCUUUGUGGCAGGCAGUAUUUUUCCCGUUUACCUCAACCUAAUCCGCUCCUCCCAUGACCGAGAACGACCGCCAGCCUGGGCGGCGAUUAGGAAAGUAGUCCUGCGGCAUUUCUGUCAGCCGCAGGUGUGAGAAGUGCGACCAAGGGUUUAAUAGAAAAUUUUCAGGCUAACAGGGCCGAUGGAAGGAGGUCAAAUGGUUGCGUCGACGCAAGGUAGCUAAAAGCUAUUUCGCGUGCGCUAUAUCUUCGAGGCUCGAAGUAGGUGCCGACACAACUUAGAGAGGCCC